UGACGAUCGGGGAUAAUUUCAAAUGAUGAUGUAGACACAGUUACCAAACUUGCAACCAGGCCGUUCGGUAUCUGCACAAGUGCACGAUGACGUAUCACCUCCAAGACCCGCGGUUCUCUACAGAGGGACUGACUCUGUACACAGGAGGGCUCAACACUAUGGUCAGGAUGGCUGCACCCACUCAAUCUGUCAACCUUGCCCCACUUCUUACACACGCCCCCAUUCCUACAGCCAACCAAACACAGGGGCAGCAGGGGACUCCACUUGUAGUACACUCAACCUUGUCGAUUCCCUCCCAGCAACCAGGACAACUACCACCUCUCCAGACGGUACCACAGGAUGCCACAGUUAGCUCUGCUGCACCCCCUGUGAGACAGAAACCUCAGAUUUUAGAGAAGAUGAAACUGUUGAGAGAUUCAGGAAAAUACUGCGAUGUAGUCAUUGAUGUAAAAGGGAGACAAUUCAGGGUUCACAAAAAUGUCCUAGCUGCUUGGAGCCCUUACUUCGACCAUCACUUGUUUGGCGAUGGGUAUACAUCUCCAGACCUCAUGAUCGUCAACUAUGAUAACUAUGAAGUAUUUUCAGACCUUCUUGAUUUUCUCUAUUCUGGAUGCAUAGCUCCAAGGGAAACAAAUUUCCUACAGUUGCUGCAUCUGGCUGUGAGCUUCCAAAUUGACCCACUGCGAGGAGACUGUGAGGAAUACUUAAGAUCCAACCUUCACCUCGGAAAUUUCAUCAGCACUUAUUUUCUUUGUCGAAAGUACAGUCUGACAUCUUUGGAGGACUUCAUUGCCGGAUUUCUGCAGAUGAAUUUAUCAGAUGCUGUAAAGCAAAACGAAUUUCUUUCUCUCCCGGUCGGACGUAUUCAUGCCUUCCUGUCCACUGGUCGUAUGGAGCAAAUCAAACCAGAGGUGAAAUUGUUUUUGAUCAUCAGCUGGGUAGGAUUUGAUGUGCAGGACCGGGAACGUUACCUUGUGAUGCUGUUAAAACACAUAGACUGGUCGACAGUAGCAAGUGACUUUCUCCUUGAAAUCAGCAGGACUGAAAAUUUCUUUACAACUCAUGAAUCUAGUCUGUACCUUUUGUUACAGACUUUGUACAGUUCUCAGAUUUCACUGGGGCCGUAUGUUGAACUCUUUCCUGCUCUGCGCCAGACAUACUCCCACAUUCUGAACAACAUCGUACAGAUUGGUAUCGUUACACCGGAAAUGGAAACUUUCUGCCCAGUAACUGUCAGUGUGUCAUCCAUAUUGAACUCGAACACGAAACAUGAUGCAGCGGUCAAUACUGAAGUGACCGGACCGGAUGUAGAAGCAGCCAUGCCAACGCCUAGGAGAUUGAGCAUCACUCGAAAUGUUGAUAUCAAUUCUGAUGACAGCGUUGAGGGAAGUGAUCAAGAGGAAACUGGAGACUCCACUGAGCCUACCUCUGCCUCAACACAACAGCAAAUGCCCCGUACCUACCUAGACGUUCAAUCAGGAACCAUGAAAAUGCACAAACGGAAAGGUAUGCCAAAGAAAAUCAAACUUAUUCUUCCAGUUCCUCCCAAAGGAAAGCAGCGCACGACAAAACAAAAGUCACAGAAGAAAGUAACUGAACCUUCUGGCGUUACAACCAGAAGUAGUCGAUCCAAAAAAGCUUUUUCAGAGGUGGAAGACGAAAAUGAAGAAGAAUUCAAUGAGGAUGUAAAUGGAGAUGAAAAUAAUUUGGAUCAUACUGAUGAGGAAGAUGAGGAAAAUAAUGUAGAAACGGAAAAUGUGGAUGACUCUGAAGGAGAUAAAGAUGAAUCAUCUGAUAAUGAAAUGCAAACAGAGACAUCUUACCCUGUAUCCAACAAGUCUAAAAGAUCUUUAAAAAGAAAGAAGUCCAACUUUGAUUAUCUGCCUAAAGAAAAGUUGACAAGAGAAUGUGGUAUUUGUGGAUUCACUUCUACGUCAUUGGCAGUCAUGAAGGAGCACAGAGUCAAAGCUCAUUUCAAAAAUCUGUACUUCGAAUGUAAAGACUGCGACUUUCACACCAGCGUAAAUAGAGAAUACUUGACACAUAUGCGACAACACUUCGAUGGACCACCGUAUCGCUGCAAAAAUGUAGGAUGUGACUACUCCUGUGAUAAACUCCAAAGAGUCAUCACCCAUCAACGAAGUCACACAGAAGACCGGCCUUACCACUGUCAGAUCUGCAACCUUAAGCUCAAAUCCAGAAACAACCUGUUCUCUCACCUGAAAACUCACUCAGAAAACCGCCCUUUUGAGUGUGAUGUAUGUCACUUGAAGUUUCGAACUCGGAACACCAGAGACACUCACCUUGUGACUCACAGUGAUGAACGGCCGUAUCUCUGUGACUUGUGUGGGUUCUCAACAAAAUUCCAGUCUCAUCUCAUUUCUCACAAGCGAAUUCACACAGGUGAUGUAUACCCCUGUACAUUUCCAGAAUGUACAUACACUACGCCAAAGAAAAGUCAACUCAAAUGCCACUAUAAGAAACAUGAAGAUUUACGUACAAACAUUUGUAAGAUCUGUUCGAAGGCUUUUAAAGAAAAGAGUCAUUUGAAUAGACAUGAAAAGAUCCACUCAAAGGAAGCCGAUUACAAGUGUGAUUUCUGUAGCUAUACCACUCAUCGGUGCGACAAACUCAAGUACCAUUUCAAGAAACAUCACGGGGAAAACGCCACAGCUAAAACUCAGUACAGGAAGAGGAAGACCAAAGAAACGCCUGCUGUUACAGCAAAAACUGCGGCACGACAAGAAUUUGAUCAUGCUUAUACCAUGCCACUCCCGACGACUUACAUCCACGACCUCCAUGGCAACGUCCAGGCCAUUCCCGGCCUUUUACCCACCAACAACAUGAACAUUGCUUCCAUGUCUCUACCUGUGUCCUUGGCCACCACUCUCGAUCAGGACGGAGUUACUAUGGAAGAUAGACUCAAUAUUGUUAGCGUUGCUGAGGGCACCAACAUCAAUGUCAACCAAGACUCGACUAUAAUUCACACACACAGACUUUCGGUUCAGGACACCGAUCAUCGUGUGAUCAUGACAGAGUCUGAUCAAAGAUCACUUCUGGGGGACACUGAUCAGCGGGUGAUCAUGUCUGAAGCUGACCAGCGGCUACUGCUGCAGGAGAGUGACCAUCAGUCCUACAUACAGCCCCAGGUCCAGCUACACGUGUCCCAGUCAACAGUCAGUCAGCAGGGUAUGAUGUCACCCACUUCCGGGCAGUCUCUACAGGCCCAGGCUGGACAGGACUACGGUGGUCUUAGUGCCUUCAUGGCCCUGUUUUAACCAUGUGGGUUACCAUGCCAGUAUCUCUAUGCCCAAACUGUACAUGUUUAUUUCUGUGCGGUCAUGACCCUGUUUUAACCCUGUGAGGUGUUUGUAUAGUGUAUACCCAUGUAAAACUAUGUUGGUCUCAGCAAGGUCAUGACUGUUUUGCUCCUAUCCGGCAUCGAUUCCAAGGUAGGGCAUGACUAGGGGGAAAUUUGUGUCUUCAUGGUCCAAUUUUCAUCCUAUCAAAUCUCUUUAGUCUCAGGUAGGUCUUGACAACAGUGUAUUUAUCUAAACCCGUCUAGGCACUAGUCCUAGGUAAGAAUUUGGAUGAUUUCACCACUUUUCAUUACCCUGUUAAAUCCUUAAACCUGAACCAGACAGAUUACAUUUUUAACCUGGUGCGUUAGUCACUAAAUUCUGCCAAAGAACUUGGUUUAAGUAAAAAGAAACAACUCUUGGUCCAUGGUAAAAAGUCUCACUUGCCAUCAUGUUUGUUUCUGUAAAGUUCAAGAAAUGUGAAUUUUCUAUCUGGUAUGGCAGAAUUUUGACACGUCAUAUUGACCUCUAAUCUCUCCAAAAUUCUUCCAAAUAAAUAAAAUAAUGGGAUUUUUUUUAUUAGUUUAUCACCAGAACAAGAAAUCAGGCUUAAACACAAAAUCUUAGUUUGAGCAUAAGAACAUUUUCACGAAUACAGACUCUGAUAUCUGAAGUCAAUACACAAGUAGGACUAAGGCCCCUUUUGCAUGUCGGGUUAAACCAGUUAAAACAGUUGAACCUGAAAGAAAACGAUAGGCGCCGAUCUCAACAGAGGCUGGCCUCAGGAAUAUUUGGCAUGUGUAGAUUGAGGGGUCCAGACGUGCCUGACCCAAACUAAAAUGCUGACUAUUGCCAUUUUGUGUUAUUUUUUUUAUAAAACAAGGUAUCCACAUGUAGAUUUUGAUAUAUCUUAUAUGAUUUAGUGGAAGUGUGAAAGAAGGACAUAAUAUUCUUUAUACAUUGUUAUUUAUUCUCCGAAACUGUGCAUUUUUUAAGCACUGCCUACAGUUCUGUCCAAGUGCGUUAGUUUAUCAUGGAAUAUUUCUGCGCAAACUAAACCUUUUCAACUGCAAUAUACGAAUGUGACCUAGGUGUUUCUGUUCAGAUGUGAACAAUUAUAAAAAAAAGUACUUGCAAAUCUUCAUGUUUUAACACUUUUGAGACAUCAAGUGGUAUUUAUUAUUAUAAAUAAAUUACUCAUACAUGUCUCAUAAUAAAUUUCUAUUUUUUAUUAUAAAAAAGCUUUCCAAACAAAUAAAUUAAUUUGUGUAAACGAAGGGUUGUUUCUCCUAAGAUUGCUGCAACAGUAGCUGUUAUUAGUAAAUCCAGUUUUUCUGUUUGAAACAAAUACCCACAGAGGAUAUUGCUCUGGUUACUCCACAAUGUGUACAGCGAUGUAAAGGUCAGACGUGGCUGGAUUUGCAUUGAAUACUUCUAUCUAUAUUACAUCAGAAAAUAUCUGUUUGAUAUUACAAGGUUCUGUACAUGUAUAUUAUGGUGUAUAUAAUUUAUCUGGUUUGAUUAUUGCAAUCUUAACAUACUAUUAAUUCUGGAACAGCCCUCAUAUAUAUAUGUGUGUUUAUAUUGAUAUUGAUGGAUUUCUCACGAGCUAAAAAUAUCCUAUUUUCUGCAUUACCUAUGUGUAUGUUAAGUUGAUACAAACAAAGGUGCAAGUUAAUGAAUAUAUGACGACUAAUCAGGAUUAUGCUGCUUAUUGAUACCAUAAGCUUUAUCUAAAUCUUUAACUUGACUGGAAAAUGUCUGUAAUCAUGACAAUGAUAUUUUGAAAAUAUUUGUAAUAUCAAUGUAAACAAUAGAUCAUGUUAUUAAUGUCUUGCAUAAUAAUAAUUACUUGCAUAAAGACAAUCUGAUUAAAAUGAGAUCUUUUCUUCCACUCUAAUACUUUAUGUUCCAGGCUUUGGAAUGUAGAGUAUUGGAGGGAAAUAAAAGAUCUUGUUUUAAUUAAUUUGAUGUAAAGGUUACAUGUAUGUACAUUGUAUAUUGGUUAUCAUUUUCAUAAAGAAAUGCUGCAAAAAUGGGUUGUUAAGUCUCUUUGAAGAAUAUCAAAAUCUGUAAGAUAAAUAAAUUGUUUGUUUUAUAUAAAGGCCAUAGAUCGCAAUUAAUAAAAUAGUAUACAUAAUGGUUUAAUUAGUAUAUUUUUACAAGACUCAAAGUGUAUUAUUGUUAUCUAAAGAAAGAUUUAUGGAAAAGGAGCAUGAAAAAUUAUAUGCAACUUAAUUAAGGAAUGCAACCAAUAUAUAUAUCAUAUUGACAAACAGUUCCUAGCCCAUUUAUAUUUUGCUCUUAGAACUGAAAUUUAUAAUUAGUUGAAGUCUUGCUAAAUAAUAAUGUGUUGACAUUUUGAGUCAUUAAGAUGUUAUUUGUUGAAAGUGUUUCAAUUUUUUUUUUUUUACUGACAAUAACUUUUUUUUGAAGCAAAAUCUUCAAAUCUAUCAAAAUAACUUACAAACGCAAUUUGUUUCUUAUUAGAUUAUUGUACUCUUUAUAAUACUUAAGUUUAAAAAUAUGUAUGACCAGGGAAUAGUCUACAAGUUUUACAGAAAGAUGUCACCUGUAAACUCUGAUUGGCUGUGGAAAAGAGAUCAUGGGAUUGUUGAUUAUGUGCAAUAUUCAGAUAUUAAGUUUUGAGGUGAUGGCAGUAGUUUUCUCCCACAACCACUAUAGGUUUUCUCACUACCAACUCAGUUGAUAAACCUGCUAGGAGUUGGUAAACAAUUUUGGUUACCCAUUAGUGGGUUAUACUCUGGACAUUAUAUCAUUGGUCAAUCUUCUAAUUAUGAUGUCUAAUAAACAAUGCUUUACAAUGACAUCUAAUCUUCUAUUGUGAUGAAAUAGUUUUAUUGCAAUUGUUUCACUGAUUGGAAAAAGGAAUAAUGUAUUUUCAAAAGAAACAUGGUUUUCUAGAUAUAAUAUCAGAACUUUAAGGGAGUAAAAGCACUCUAAACUUUUGAUGGCUGAUUAUCAUAUAUACCUAACUUGAAUAGUUAAUUUUCUAAUAGUAAAAGACACACAAUUUGACAAUAAAUUAACUGGAGUUAGAUAAACAUGAUAACAAACCAUUACUCAUUGGGGGACCUCUAUAUACAUUGUGCUUAAAACAUUUUGAUACUAGCCUAAUAGUGUUUUAGUAUCAUCUUUUCAGUUGUUGAUUUUAUUACAUGUAUCUCUAUAGCUAUAGGACAACUUCAUGUUAUGUCUCCGAGUAGACAUUCCUUUAGUAGCACUUUAAACGGGGUUAAAACACCAUACUAUUGAGCUUGGUUCAUUUAUACAUGUACACUAUAAAGCUGUUACAGAAAUUGUUUCAUUCUGUUGCUGCUAAAUAUAUUAUGGAUGAAUGAUAAAAAUUACCACACUGGUAUUUCUUCCAAAAUUAUGUUUCAGUUACGGUGAAGUGUACCACUAAGUUAAAAUAUUUCAUUUAUACCAUUAUCGCUAACAUGAAAUAUUUAUUUUAGGCCUUUUUCUACAAUUUUUUUCAAUAUUGUCCAUCUAAAUCACUUCUUGCAAUGCAUUUUACUGAAUAAGACCUGCUCAAAAAUUUAGUACAUAUAUUUGAAACAAACACAAACAAAAAUUCUCCCAGCAUCAAAAUGGAAGAGGAACACAUUGGCAAGGGAAGUAACUGUUUGCCCGCAAAACUCUUGUUUGUAACCUUGUGCAGGGACAGUAUAUUAUAAGUCCCUGCCUUGUGUAAAAUAGAGAAUACAGAAUAUUUGAAAUGUAAUAAUCUCUUCAUUGCUGUGCAGUGGUACCAUUUACCUUAAAAUCAUUAUGUUAACAAAAUGUAAAUUAAUUAUGUUGCAAUAAAUUUCUUCAGUUACUCAUAUUUAUUUAUGCAUGCGCAUAUUUUCUUCUUUGUUUUGUUCUGUAUAUGAAUAUGUCAUUGCCAGGAUUAAAUCAUCGUUAUUUGAAAUGCCAGAUUAAAUAAAAGAUUUUCAUGUUAA